CAAAGGCAGCCCCCUCUUGGAUGGAGACAGAGGUCAACCGGACGCAGCUCAGGGCAGAGGGAAGGCCGGCAGAGGCCAGACGCAGUUUCCCUAGAUUCGUUCUUCAAAUGGGGGCUGGAGGGCAGUCGGUAGCAACCAGGCUCCGAAGAAGAAGCGACUGAGGCCCAGCGAGGCUCACACACAGUGAGCGGCCACGGGAAAGAUCCCCACAGGGGUCCGACACCACGCCACCGACCAAAGCCCGCAAAAGGAGCCCGGUGAUGCUGCCCAGGCUGUGAACGGGAAGGCGGCGCUGUGGGGGCUGCCGGCAGCCAGGGCCGGGGAGAGACAUGUGGACACGUGGCCUCUAUGGCUUCCGCCUGCCAGAUCCUCCGCUGGGCCCUCACCCUGGGGCUGGGCCUCAUGUUCGAGGUCACGCACGCCUUCCGGUCUCAAGAUGAGUUCCUGUCCAGUCUGGAGAGCUAUGAGAUCACCUUCCCCACCCGAGUGGACCACAAUGGGGCACUGCUGGCCUUCUCGCCCCCGGCCCCCCGGAGGCAGCGUCGGGGUACUGGGCCCACGGCAGAGUCCCGCCUCUUCUACAAGGUGGCUGCACCCAGCACCCACUUCCUGCUGAACCUGACCCGCAGCCCCCGCCUUCUGGCAGGGCAUGUCUCCGUGGAGUACUGGACUCGAGAGGGCCUGGCCUGGCAGAGGGCCGCCCGGGCCCACUGCCUCUACGCUGGCCACCUGCAGGGCCAGGCCAGCAGCUCCCAUGUGGCCAUCAGCACCUGUGGGGGCCUGCAUGGCCUGAUUGUGGCAGAUGAGGAAGAAUACUUGAUCGAGCCCCUGCAAAGUGGGCACAAGGGGGCCCGGGGCCCAGAGGAGAGUGGCCCCCAUGUGGUGUACAAACGUUCCUCCCUGCGUCACCCCCACCUGGACACAGCCUGUGGAGUGAGAGACGAGAAACCGUGGAAGGGGCGGCCGUGGUGGCUGCGCACCCUGAAGCCGCCGCCCGCCAGGCCCCUGGGCAAUGAGACAGAGCGCGGCCAGCCAGGCCUGAAGCGCUCGGUCAGCCGAGAGCGCUACGUGGAGACCCUGGUGGUGGCUGACAAGAUGAUGGUAGCCUACCAUGGGCGCCGAGACGUGGAGCAGUACGUGCUGGCCAUCAUGAACAUUGUUGCCAAACUUUUCCAGGACUCAAGUCUGGGCAACAUCGUUAAUAUCCUGGUGACACGCCUCAUCCUGCUCACAGAGGACCAGCCCACCUUGGAGAUCACCCACCAUGCCGGGAAGUCCCUGGACAGCUUCUGUAAGUGGCAGAAAUCCAUCGUGAACCGCAGCGGCCAUGGCAACGCCAUUCCAGAGAACGGCGUGGCCAACCAUGAUACAGCGGUGCUCAUCACGCGCUAUGACAUCUGCAUCUACAAGAACAAACCUUGUGGCACACUAGGCUUGGCCCCCGUGGGCGGGAUGUGCGAGCGGGAGAGAAGUUGCAGCAUCAACGAGGACAUUGGCCUGGCCACGGCAUUCACCAUCGCCCAUGAGAUCGGACACACGUUUGGCAUGAACCACGACGGCGUGGGGAACAGCUGCGGGGCCCGUGGCCAGGACCCGGCGAAGCUCAUGGCCGCCCACAUCACCAUGAAGACCAACCCGUUCGUGUGGUCAUCCUGCAGCCGCGACUACAUCACCAGCUUUCUGGACUCAGGCCUGGGGCUCUGCCUGAACAACCGGCCCCCCAGACAGGACUUCGUGUACCCAACGGUGGCGCCCGGCCAGGCCUACGACGCCGACGAGCAGUGCCGCUUCCAGCAUGGAGUCAAAUCGCGUCAGUGUAAAUACGGGGAGGUCUGCAGCGAGCUGUGGUGUCUGAGCAAGAGCAACCGGUGCAUCACCAACAGCAUCCCGGCCGCCGAGGGCACGCUGUGCCAGACACACACCAUCGACAAGGGGUGGUGUUAUAAGCGGGUGUGCGUCCCCUUCGGGUCGCGGCCCGAGGGCGUGGAUGGGGCCUGGGGCCCGUGGACCCCGUGGGGCGACUGCAGCCGGACGUGCGGCGGUGGCGUGUCCUCUUCCAGCCGUCACUGUGACAGUCCCAGGCCAACCAUCGGGGGCAAGUACUGCCUGGGCGAAAGGCGGCGGCACCGCUCCUGCAACACUGAUGACUGUCCCCCAGGCUCCCAGGACUUCAGGGAAAUGCAAUGUUCCGAAUUUGACAGCGUCCCGUUCCGUGGAAAAUUCUACACGUGGAAGACGUACCGAGGAGGUGAGUGGGGGACUCAGGAGGCUGGGGCAGUGGAGUGCAGCAAGUGGAUACAGCAUGGUGGGGUCGGCCCUGAGCCCUCCCCUCACCCAAGGAGCCAGAGUGCCCGGAUACGGCUCAACGGUGCCUUGACCCGACGCUGGGAACUCCCACUCCCUCUGCCCAACCUGCCCAUCCUUCUUGGGUCUGGGGGUCGGUCCUUCUGGGCCUCGAACAGGGAGUCCCAGGGCAGCCUGGCCCUCGCUCUGAUGGGGCCGGGCCCCCCAGGGGGCGUGAAGGCCUGCUCCCUCACGUGCCUGGCCGAAGGCUUCAACUUCUACACUGAGAGGGCAGCGGCGGUGGUGGAUGGAACGCCCUGCCGCCCGGACACGGUGGACAUUUGCGUCAGCGGCGAGUGCAAGCACGUGGGCUGCGACCGGGUCCUGGGCUCCGACGUGCGCGAGGACAAGUGCCGGGUGUGCGGGGGCGACGGCAGUGCGUGCGAAACCAUCGAGGGGGUCUUCAGCGCAGCCCUGCCUGGGGCCGGGUACGAGGAAGUCGUCUGGAUCCCCAAAGGCUCCGUCCACAUUUUCAUCCAGGACCUGAACCUCUCCGUCAGUCACCUGGCCCUGAAGGGGGACCAGGAGUCCUUGCUGCUGGAGGGGCUGCCCGGGACCCCCCAACCCCACCGCCUGCCCCUGGCUGGGACCACCUUUCAGCUGCGACAGGGGCCAAACAACACGCAGAGCUUAGAAGCCCUGGGACCCAUUAAUGCAUCUCUCAUCGUCAUGGUACUGGCCCGGACAGAGCUGCCUGCCCUCCGCUACCGCUUCAAUGCGCCCAUCGCCCGCGACGCGCUGCCCCCCUACUCCUGGCACUAUGCGCCCUGGACCAAGUGCUCAGCCCAGUGUGCGGGCGGCAGCCAGGUGCAGGCCGUGGAGUGUCGCAAUCAGCUGGACAGCUCGGCCGUGGCCCCCCACCACUGCAGCGCCCACAGCAAGCUGCCCAAGAGACAGCGAGCCUGUAACACAGAGCCCUGCCCUCCCGACUGGGCUGUAGGGAACUGGACGCGCUGCAGCCGCAGCUGUGAUGCGGGCGUGCGCAGCCGCUCGGUCGUGUGCCAGCGCCGCGUGUCGGCCGCCGAGGAGAAGGCGCUGGACGACAGCGCGUGCCCGCAGCCGCGCCCGCCGGUCCUGGAGGCCUGCCACGGCCCCGCCUGCCCGCCCGAGUGGGCCGCCCUCGACUGGUCGGAGUGCACCCCCAGCUGCGGGCCGGGCCUCCGCCACCGCGUGGUCCUUUGCAAGAGCGCAGACCACCGCGCCACGCUGCCCCCCGCGCACUGCUCGCCCGCAGCCAAGCCUCCGGCCACCAUGCGCUGCAACUUGCGCCGCUGCCCGCCGGCUCGCUGGGUGGCGGGCGAUUGGGGAGAGUGCUCCGCGCCCUGCGGCGUCGGGCAGCAGCAGCGCGUCGUGCGCUGCUCCAGCCACACCGGCCAGCCGUCGCGCGAGUGCGCCGAGGCGCUGCGGCCACCCACCACGCAGCAAUGUGAGGCCAAGUGCGACAGCGCGCCCCCUGGGGACGGUCCCGAAGAAUGCAAGGAUGUGAACAAGGUCGCCUACUGCCCCCUGGUGCUCAAAUUUCAGUUCUGCAGCCGAGCCUACUUCCGCCAGAUGUGCUGCAAAACCUGCCAGGGCCGCUAGGGGGCGCGCGGCCCCCGGAGCCACAGCUGGGCGCCGGCUGGGGGCGGGGAGGGGGGGUGGUCCCUGGCCUGAAGGAGCCCGAGGGGGUGGGGGCUGGGAGGGGAGGGUGAGAUGAAGCCGGAAGUUAUUUAUUGGGAACCCCUGCAGGGCCUCUGGCCACCCCCAGGGCCCCUCCUCUGCCCCUCUCCCAGUUCAUAAUGAGACCCCCUCCAGGGUGGGUUUAAGGAGUCCACAACCGUUCGCCUUAGCACCCUUUUCACCCAUCCCUAGGGAGCCCCCGACACGCCUCCCCACCUUUGAUCGGAAUAUGUACUGUGAAGAGUGGGGGUGGGGAGGGGGGUCAGUCGGUGCCCUGCCCCCCGCCCUAGCACUGCCCUAUCCCUCCACUCUGAGCUGGGGGGGGGGGGGCGUUGGGGGGGGUCUAUGUCCGUUAUGGGGGAGGGGGUUAGCACCAGCUCCCUGCCACCCUCCCCCUGAGCAGACCAGCUACAGAGGUGAGGCAGAGCUGGGAAGAUCCACCCCACCCUCUGCCCUGCCUGCCCCAGGGGGACCCCAACAUCCAGGCCGUCCUCAUCAUGGUGCUACAGGCCCUGCCCUGGGGCCCACACCCCUCGCCAGGAAGCCCUCCAUCAAUAAAGUCCUGUCUUGUGUAGA